GCGGAGUCAGCGGAAUGAGGCGCGGAGCUGUUCGCCGCUCCAGGUGCUGAGUCCGAGGGAGGCUCCCGACGCGAGAGCCGCGGUCUCCGCCGCCGCCACCGCCGCCGCCGUCACCGCGAGAGCCACCGCGGGAAAGCCGGGGCAGUGAGGAGCGCAGAGGAGCUCGUUGCGCUGCCGAGCGCUGACAGCCCUCCCUCCUCUUUGAGGUCCUGACUGCAGUGGCGCCCCCUCUUCAGACGAAGAUCAAGAGGGUCUCAGUGGCUCCUUCUCAGGUCCCGUCCGGUCCUCACUGUAGGGAGAGGAACACGUUUGUGAAGGCCAGCAGCUCCAGCCUAAACAGUGCAGAUGGGUCUCUGAGGAUCUGAAAGCAUCACAGGUUCUCCAGCAGGCCUUGGUGGCCCAGCAUGGCCCACUGAGGUGAACCAUGACCAGUUGGCCAACACUCGCCACUGACCACUCAGAGACGCAUCUCACCAGGAGGUGACCCCUCCUCCAACGGACCCCCGCCCCCCGCUCACCCACCCCUCCCAGGAAAGUGCCCGCGCCGCCACAGACACCAUGUAGUAGGGCCGGCUGCGGCGCCCAGUGAGCUGCGAUGGUUUUGUACACGGCCCCCUUUCCCAAUAGCUGUCUGUCCGCCCUGCACGCCGUGUCCUGGGCCCUCAUCUUCCCAUGCUACUGGCUGCUGGACCGGCUCGUGGCCUCCUUCAUACCCAUUGCCUGCCAGAAACGCCAGCGGGCAGAUGACCCGUGCUACCUCCAGCUGCUUUGCACCGUGCUCUUUGCGCCCGUCUACCUGGCCCUCCUGGUCGCCUCGCUGCCCUUCGCCUUUGUUGGGUUCCUCCUCUGGUCCCCACUGCAGUCUGCCCGCCGACCCUACAUCUACUCCCGGCUGGAGGACAAGGGCCCGGCCGGUGGGGCGGCCCUGCUCAGUGAAUGGAAGGGUACAGGUCCUGGCAAAAGCUUCUGCUUCGCCACUGCCAACCUCUGCCUCCUCCCUGACUCGCUGGCCAGGCUCAACAAUGUUUUUAACACCCAAGCACGAGCCAAAGAGAUUGGGCAGAGAAUCCGCAAUGGGGCCAGCCGGCCCCAGAUCAAAAUCUACAUCGAUUCGCCCACCAACACCUCCAUCAGCGCGGCCAGCUUUAGCAGCCUGGUGUCACCGCAGGGCAGUGAUGGCGUGGCCCGGGCCGUCCCUGGGAGCAUUAAGAGGACGGCCUCUGUGGAAUACAAGGGUGACAGCGGGCAUCGCUCCAGUGACGAGGCUGCCAACGGCCCGGCUUCCGGGGACCCGGCCGAAGGCGGUAGCCUGGAGGACGCCUGCAUUGUGCGCAUCGGAGGCGAGGACGGGGGCCGGCCCCCUGAAGCUGAUGACUCCGCCUCUGGGGGCCAGGCCAGGAACGGGGCCGGUGGGGGAUCGCGGGGCCAGACGCCCAACCACAGUCAGCGGGAUGGGGACUCGGGGAGCCUGGGCAGCCCCUCGGCCUCCAGGGAGUCCCUGGUGAAGGCGCGGGACGGCGGCAGCGGGGAGCCGGGCACCACCAACAGCAAGCUCCCCUACAAGGCCUCCGGGGUGAAAAAGGCUGCCGCGCGCAAGAGGCGCCACCCGGACGAGGCCUUUGACCACGAGGUCUCCGCUUUCUUCCCCGCCAACCUGGACUUCCUGUGCCUGCAGGAGGUGUUUGACAAGCGGGCAGCCGCCAAGUUGAAAGCCCAGCUGCACGGCUACUUCGAGUACAUUCUGUAUGACGUCGGGGUCUACGGCUGCCAAGGCUGCUGCAGCUUCAAGUGUCUCAACAGCGGCCUCUUCUUUGCCAGCCGCUACCCCAUCAUGGACGUGGCCUAUCACUGUUACCCCAACGGGCGCGGCUCCGAUGGCCUGGCCUCGAAAGGAGCGCUGUUUCUCAAGGUGCAGGUGGGAAGCACACCUCAGGACCAAAGAAUCGUCGGGUACAUCUCCUGCACACACCUGCAUGCCCUGCCAGAGGACAGUGCCAUCCGUUGUGAGCAGCUGGACCUGCUUCAGGACUGGCUGGCUGAUUUCCGAAAAUCUACCUCCUCGUCCAGCACAGCCAACCCCGAGGAGCUGGUGGCAUUUGAUGUCGUCUGUGGAGAUUUUAACUUUGACAACUGCUCCUCUGAUGACAAGCUGGAGCAGCAGCACUCCCUGUUUACACACUACAAGGACCCCUGCCGCCUGGGGCCUGGAGAGGAGAAGUCCUGGGCCAUCGGUACCAUGCUGGACACAGAUAACCUCUACGAUGAGGACGUGUGCACCCCUGACAACCUGCAAAAGGUCUUGGAGACCGAGGAAGGCCGCAGGGAGUACCUGGCUUUCCCCACCAGCAAGAGCCCCGGGGCAGGCCAGAAGGGACGCAAGGACCUGCUGAAGGGCAACGGCAGACGCAUCGACUACAUGCUGUACGCAGAGGAGGGGCUGUGCCCGGACUGGAAGGCUGAGGUAGAAGAAUUCAGUUUUAUCACCCAGCUGUCUGGCCUGACCGACCAUCUCCCAGUGGCCAUGCGGCUAAUGGUGUCUGCAGGGGAGGAGGAGGCAUAGACCAGCCACGUCAUUCAGAGCAGUGGGGCCUCUGCCAACCCUUUGAGCCGCAGCACCUCUGGCCAUGUCCCCUCCAGCGAGCACCAGCGGUGCUGGGGGAGGAGGGCAGAGACCUGGGGGGAGACUUGGUUAGUCCCAGGUGAGCUGGAACCAGCGCUGCCCUGCACCUCUGGGCACUCACUGUGGACAGAAGGGUCAGGCUGGUCUUGGGAGCCACAGCUGCCCAACAGUGCCAUUCUUUCAAAACGUGAUUUUCUACAAAUCUACAGCACAACCUAGUUUGUAACCCGGGGGUUAGUAUGAGAACCGGGUUUCUGUACUCUUUGUAUCUCUUCUCAAGCUUCGUCCAGGGUUCAUUAUUUUUGUCUGCUGCCAUGUUGUCUCGCAUGCCUGCACCCUCGCAUGCACGCUGCCCGCAUGUCAUGUGCCACACCGUAGCCACACAGACCCCUCACUCGGGCCUCACCCAAGGCCAAACUCCAAACACAAUCAGAACCAGCCAAAGAAGCAUUCCUGGGCAUAGGGCCGCCAGCUCCCGCCUCCAGGCCGGACGGCUAAUGAGCAGGGACCAUGAGGGCCGUGUCCAGUUACCAGCAAGCCCGGGCUCUUCCCAGGGUCUUGCAUUCAAGGGCGAUUAUUUUAAAAAGAAAAACAGAAAAAGUUAAGAAAACCCUUCACUUUAGAAGGUCUGCAGACCGUGAGGGAGAACACUGCUCAGGCUCCUCUCUCCCAGCCAAUCAGGGCCCCUGAGUCUCCCCUGAGAGACUUCAAAGUGGGCAAAGGGAAUCUGAGGAGAGAGCAUCACUUUUUUAUAGGAAGAAGGGGAAGUCAUGACAUAAAGGGGUCAGGGAGCUUCAGGUUUUCCAAAUGAUAGAUUUAUAGCUUCUCUUCUGUCAAAACCAACACAUGCCCUCCUUUCUGCCUGAUCCCAUUUCCCUUCUGGACACCUCUCUGCUUUGGGACCAAUCUUUCCCUGGCUGAGCUCAGGAACUGUCUGCCUGCCUCUGGGUGGGGCUGCAGCUCUGUCCUCCCAGCCCCAUCCUCAAAAGUGACCCAGGGCCCUGGGUGAAGGGACAGGAAGCCAAGGUGCAGAAAGGCAUGUCCCCUCACCAUUACCAGUGUGUAGGCUGGGGGUGAAGGCCAGGGGCCACCGCUUGCCUGGGGCAUGGAGUGGUACUGGUUGGCAUCCAGGCCAGUAGACACCCAUUCUGCCACCGUGUGACCUGGGCAGGGCAUGGCAAAGCCUGCAGGUGAAGUCCACAGCUCCCCACUCCACGGCAGCUCUGCCUCUGCCUACCUGAUUUUUUAAACAUGCCUGGAGAUACUCCCCAGUCACACGAGGGAGGGUUGUGUCUGUUUUCCCAUGCAAGGACCCUCCAACUCAGACUGUUCUUGACAACUCCCCACUGAUCUCCCCUCCUUGAAGUGCCCUGACCUUGUGCCCACCUGGCUCAGAGCCAGCUCUGCCUAUCAAGGCUGGGGAAUGCACCAUGAUCUUUCUGCCAGAAGCCUCCUCCUGGUGCUGGCACGCAGAUGCAGUGCCUUGUCACCCAGUUGAGCUGCAAGAGGGACCAAGAUGGGGCCAAGCAGCCAGUCAGGGGCAGGCCCUGUGCUGGGGAGGACACUCUUGAGAACCAUACACACGGAGGCACUGGUUUGUUUGGGGCAGUGGGCUGCCGGCUUUGUUGCCAGGAGCAUUCACUGACCAAGCCCCCAGCCCCACCCUGAGUCCAGAGCCAGGAGGGGCUGCUCACCACUGAAGGCACAACCCCACCUGGGCUCUCUGCUGUGCCUAAGGGCCUGGCCUUCAGGGCCUUGGCUAAGCCAAAUGGGGCCCCCACUCCCAGGAGCAGCCAGGAAUCUCUGCUCACACAGGUGGGGCCCAACUAAACACACUCAACGCCUGGAUGGCUGGGACUGAGCAAAGGCCCCAGGCUUCAAGUUGGAUGUGUGUCCAGGAGAGCAGCAGGGACAGAGGCCAGGGUUCCUGAAGCAGAGAAACUCCGGGCCCAGCCUGCAUCCUUCUGAGGAGUCACCUCCCUCCCAGGGCAGCUCUACGGGAGCCACAGCACAGGGGUACAUGCUUCUCUCCCUACUCACAGGGCGGCCUUAGGCAAGUCAUACCUCCCUGUGCCUCGGUCACUUCCUGUCCUAACAAGGUCACCUCUGCCCAGCCUGGCCCUAGUAUCUGGAGCCGGACCAGCCUGUGUCCCAGCUCCCCUUGCACUUCCCUCUGGCGCAGCUUCAGCAUCGAGGACGCCACUGCCCAACCACAUGUUUCAUCAAGGCUGUGGACUCCUAGGGCCAUGCACAAGCCAGACUUUUCCAUUUUGAUUUCUAAAAAACAAAGAAAACACUACCAGAAUCUCAGAUUCUGUGGCAUCUAGGCCUAGGAGGGGUGGACACAGGGGUCACUCAAAUCCCCAACUGAGGCCCCCAUGCCCACUCCAGGCCCAGCCUCCUCCAGAGAAGCCAGGAGGCAGGGGUCAGCUUUAGAAGGAAACAGUCAUUUCCAUUUGUCCAAACCACCUUGAGUUUUAAGUAUGAAUAUUAACCUUGAUGCUUUUUAACUACUGUAUUAACUUGCUGAGAUUUAGAAAUACUGUUUUAAAAAAAAACAAAAUUUUUUAAUUUCUGUAUUUUUUUCUGUAUUGUAUCCUCAUGGGACAUUAGGGGUUUUAUAUGGUAAGCACACCUAAGGUUUUGGUAAAAUUAUUAUCAAAUAUAUAUCCAGACGAUUCUUCCCUAGAAGAAAAACAAUCUUUACACCUGAUAAAAUAUUUUGAAAAGAGAGGUGUUUUUCCCCUUUACUGGUGCUGAACAGAAAGAUGGAUAACAAGGAUAAAAUAAAACUGUGAGGCUCAA